AUGGCUGCACGUCCUAUUGCUGGUCGGCCUCAUGUGGCUGGACAAGUGGUGAGAUCGGGCCGCGUCACCAAAGGCAAGAGUGAAAAGGCGCCGGCAAACAAAGUUCCAUCAGACCAGAUUGAAGCGGCCAUCACUGACCAAGUCCUGGAGCCAGUGCAUGCUGAACCACCCACGUUGGCUGAGAAUUGCCAACAGUUGUGCGAUGCAAUUCCUUGGCUCCAUUGCACUCAGGGUGUGAUGGAUCACAAUGAGCGCCUUUGCUGGGGCUUUCUCGUUGAUGCUGACGGUGGUACCCGAACCCAUAUUGACGAAGAGGUCAUUAUAACUCGGAUUGGUGGUUGCGGUACCAAAGACUCAAAGGGAAACCUGACCCUCCGAAAGAACCAGAAGGCUGAUAGCACACUCGCGCGAAGCAUCAUUUCCAGCCUGAAGUCAAAGCUUCCUGUUGGGUUAAUUAUUGGGAACAAGCACAAGAUCCUCAAUCGUGACCUGCCACAUCGGUACAACGUCAUGGCAUGGUUUCGGGUUACCAAUGUUUGGUUUGAAAGAAUUGGUACGAACCAUGGAGCGAAGGUCUGUUUUGAAAAAUUGGAUCUCGCGGAGAAAAGCUGGUGGGCAGCAAAGGGCUCUGCUCCUCCAGUGCCCCUCGAACUCAGAGACUUCGACACAAAGCCUCAAACCCUGAAGUUCUGGAAGAUUGGAAACGUUUCCAGUCCUCCUGAGCUAACUUUUAACCCUGCCUUCUUGAGCUUCCGCAGUCGUCCCGACGAUGAAAUUCGGCCUAACUGCAGCCUUGUCCCCGAUCAUCUUUCGACACUGAAUGAGGAUGCCACGGACGUCAGCACAUCUCGUGGUGCGUGGAAAGGAAUUGUGUGCCCCGAGUGUCACAAGUGUACUCGACGGACAUUGUGGCGAGGGUGGAAGUGUAGCGAUGACUCUGGCGCCGAGAGGGGUGGUAAGGUCUGCUCAUUUGAAGGGCUCAUGACAAUGAAGCCUAUCUCGUGCCGGGUUGUAUACGAUGAUUCCGAGCGGCCCUCAAUGAAACGAGGAAUGGUCUUCGAUAAGAAAUUCAUGAUCCCAGAGAUCGAUGAUGUUAGCUUGUCACCCUAUCGCAAGCUCACUUACAAACUUGAUGGAGUCGGCUUUAUCACCCAUUUUGUCGCGAACGCAGAAAUCAACAGCCGACCAAAUGGGCCCGACGACUUGUUUAUCGGUCUUCAGCGUGAAGAUCUUGGUUUAAAACGUUUUCCGCUUUCGUCCAGUCUAGGUAAGUACAAGCUCUUCAAUGGAAAUACUCAACGGGUGGACACCGGCGAUGGCAAAUCUGUCUCUGGGAGUGCUCUGCAAGACAACCCCGUGCUGAAAGGCUACCGGUUGGAAGAUGAGUGUCGUGUGCUCAAGGAGAAGUGUGAAGCUGGCGAGAUCUCCCAAGAUAACAAGUCGGAAUUGCACCCUGAAGACAUGGUAUUCAUGCACGGUGAAAACCUCCAGAGAUACUACGAGUUGUGGUUUGCUCUUACCGCGCGGUAUGUCAAGCCCGACCAUGUUAACGCCGGGGAGAUCGGGAAGGGCAAAUUAUUCCUCACGCCUGGCCAGAUCUACGAUGAGAAGUGA